UUUGUGAGAGUUUCUCAGACAAAGGAAGAGAAACGAAAGCGAAAGAAAAAAAAGAAAGAAAGAAAUAAAUAAUCGUCUUCUCCCCAAAAACUUAUCAGAAAACCAGCUCUGUUAACUAAUCCAACUCUCUCUCUCUCUAUGCCUACAAUUUCUCUCUCUAAAACUCUCUCUUCCCGUCUUUCAGAAGCUCAGAUCUGAACUCUGACCCCUCGAUUACUCGCAUUUCAAGCUCCAAUGGCGGCGAAUAGUCUAUUUUGUUUCUGAACUUUAAUCGAGAUAUUGAAUGAGUUAAUCAUUGCAAAUGGCAAAGUCUAGGCUAAAUUUUUGGGGGUCUAAAUUUUUGCAGAGUUGUUGGGUGGAUUAAGUAAUACAAAUGGCAAAGUCUAGGCAAAAUUAUUCGGCUCAAGAUGCGUUGUCAUCAUCGCCCAUGGCAGGAAGAUCGAGGGAAUGGGAAGGUCCGGCGAGGUGGACUGAGUAUCUGGGUCAAGAUAUGACCCCUCCAAUGACAUCUAGGGGUUCUAGGAAUGCGGGGCCGGAAGGGACAGUCCAGACUAGUGGAUUGCAUAAGGGAUUGAACAUGCAGUGGGUGUAUCAGCUUACUGAAGUUGCUGAAGGGUUAAUGGCCAAAAUGUACAGGCUGAAUCAAAUUUUGGACUAUCCGGAUUCUGUGGGUCAUGUGUUUUCUGAUGCAUUUUGGAAGGCAGGCGUGUUCCCCAACCAUCCAAAGAUUUGUGUCCUGCUCUCAAAGAAGUUUCCAGAGCAUCACAGCAAAUUACAGCUCGAACGUCUUGACAAGGUUGCGCUGGAUGCUUUGUAUGACAAUGCAGAAGUUCAUUUACAAAGCUUGGAACCAUGGAUUCAGCUGCUUCUUGACUUGAUGGCAUUUAGGGAACAAGCUUUGCGGCUCAUAUUGGAUCUAAGCAGUACAGUAAUUACGUUGUUGCCCCAUCAAAAUUCUCUUAUUCUACAUGCAUUUAUGGACCUUUUUUGUGCUUUCGUCCGAGUCAAUCUUUUUGCUGAGAAGUUACCAAGAAAAAUGAUGUUGCAAAUGUACAACCUAUUGCAUGCCAUGUUGCGUAAUGAUCGAGACUGUGAUUUUUAUCAUCGGCUGGUUCAAUUCAUUGACUCUUAUGAUCCACCGUUGAAAGGAUUACAUGAAGACUUGAAUUUUGUCAGCCCUCGUAUUGGAGAGGUUUUAGAGGCUGUGGGUCCUAUAAUAUUUCUAUCUACAGAUACCAGGAAGCUGAGAAAUGAGGGUUUUCUGAGUCCAUUUCAUCCUCGAUAUCCUGACAUUCUUACAAAUUCAGCACACCCAAUGAGAGCUCAAGACUUAGCAAAUGUUACUUCUUAUCGGGAAUGGGUAUUACUUGGGUAUCUUGUUUGUCCUGACGAGCUUCUUAGAGUCACCAGCAUCGACAUUGCUUUGGUUGUACUAAAGGAAAAUUUAGUUCUUACAUUGUUCAGAGAUGAGUAUGUACUAUUGCAUGAGGAUUAUCAAUUAUAUGUGUUGCCACGGAUAUUGGAGUCAAAGAAGAUGGCAAAAUCUGGACGUACAAAGCAAAAAGAAGCAGAUCUGGAGUACAGUGUUGCAAAGCAAGUUGAGAAGAUGAUAGGCGAAGUGCAUGAACAAGCAUUAUUCUCUUGUGAUGCCAUACACCGAGAAAGGAGAAUAUUAUUAAAGCAAGAGAUUGGAAGAAUGGUACUUUUUUUUACUGAUCAGCCAAGUUUGUUGGCUCCUAACAUUCAGAUGGUAUUUUCUGCCUUGGCACUAGCUCAAUGUGAGGUUAUAUGGUAUUUCCAACAUGUGGGAAUUGUAUCAUCAAAAUCUAAAGCUGCUCGAAUGGUGCCAGUAGACAUAGAUCCAAGUGAUCCAACUAUUGGUUUUUUAUUGGAUGGAAUAGACCAUCUUUGCUGUCUAGUGCGCAAGUAUAUUGCAGCAAUUAGAGGCUAUGCAUUAUCGUAUCUAUCAUCAUGUGCUGGUAGAAUUAGAUUUUUGCUGGGCACCCCAGGAAUGGUGGCUCUUGACCUCGAUGCAACCUUGAAAGGACUUUUCCAGCAGAUAGUUCAACAUCUUGAAAACAUACCAAAACCACAGGGUGAAAAUAUAUCUGCCAUCACAUGCGAUCUGUCAGAGUUGCGUAAGGAUUGGUUAUCUAUAUUGAUGAUUGUAACUUCUGCUCGGUCAUCUAUGAACAUUAGACAUUUAGAGAAAGCUACAGUAUCUACUGGAAAGGAGGGGUUAGUGUCAGAAGGAAAUGCUGCAUACAAUUGGUCCAGAUGUGUUGAUGAACUUGAAUCUCAGCUAUCAAAACAUGGGAGUCUGAAAAAGCUUUACUUCUAUCACCAGCAUCUUACCACUGUUUUCAGGAACACCAUGUUUGGACCUGAAGGGCGUCCUCAACAUUGCUGUGCAUGGCUUGGUGUUGCUAGUAGUUUUCCCGAAUGUGCGUCUGCAAUUGUUCCCGAAGAGGUUACUAAAAUUGGUCGAGAUGCAGUCCUG